UGGCCAGCAGCCGGCGUGGGCCCAUUGUGUCGAGCCGCUGUUUGUUGUACCCCUUGACUCGACUCUCCCACCCGCUCAAACAGUAGUGCUGUUAGCUUGCUGGAAAUCUGCCUGGUCUUGGAAUUGCAAGAUCUCCUUCUGUUUUGUCAGGCAGCAAUCUUCAUAAAACGUCUUCGAAAAAGAAGGGGGUAACUCGAGGUGCAGAAUGUACAGCUUUAUGGGCGGAGGGUUGUUCUGUGCUGGCGUAGGGAACAUCCUCCUGAUUGUUUCCACAGCAACCGAUUAUUGGAUGCAGUAUCGGCAGUCCAACAACUACAUGCACCAAGGCCUGUGGCGCUACUGUAUGCCGGGGAAAUGCUUCACACACAACGACAGCAUCGCCCACUUGGACGCCACGCGUGCCCUCAUGAUCCUGUCGCUGCUCGCAUGCUUUGUCGGUAUCAUCAUCGGCAUCAUGGCCUUCAUCCACUACUCCUCCUUUGACAGAUUUGACAAAACCUUUGCUGCCAGCAUUUUGUUCUUCAUCUCAUGCUUUUUAGUGUUGCUGGCCAUGGCCGUGUACACGGGGGUGACCAUCAACUACUUUGGGAAACGAUACGGGAACUGGAGGUUCUCCUGGUCUUACAUCGUUGGCUGGGUGUCCGUGGUCCUCACAUUCUUCUCAGGGAUAUUUUAUAUGUGUGCCUACAAGAUGCACGAGUGCCCAAGGAACUCUCACUGAUUUAUUUGUACGUCUUGGCCAUCAUCAAUGAGAACGACGGCGAGAGUUGCAACCUUUCUAUUGGCUUCAAUCUGACCAGCAACAUGAGCCCCGCAGCGUUGGCUCUGGAAAAUGACCAACGUUUCAGUGAUUUCAAUAAAAAAAACAUGGAAAAUGUG